AUGCAUCAGAACACGCAGCCAGAAGCCUACCAGUCCUACCCGGCGAUUGCGCCAGAGAAGUACAAGGGCAAGCUUGAUGGACAAGUGGCCAUCGUAACUGGCACAUCUGCUGGCACAGGCGUACCGAUCGCCAAAGCUCUCGCCGCAGCAGGCGCCAGUGUGGUCUGCGUCGCCCGACGUGAGCCCGCUAUUAAAUCACUCGUCGAGGAAAUCAAAGCAGCUGGCGGGAAAGCUAUCGCUGUAGCUGAAGAUGUAGCCUCCAAAGGUGCUGCCCAGCGUAUCGUCAAGCAGGCCGAAUCUGCUUUUGGACCCGUUGAUAUCCUGAUCAACAAUGCUGGCAUCUCCCGGAUCGGUCCUGUCGCGGAAGAACCAGAUGAUGUCGACCUUUGGUGGCGUGUUCACGAGGUCAAUGUUCGUGCGCCGGUUGCCCUCACUCGCGCCGUACUACCCGGUAUGAUCGAGCGCAAGAAGGGCUAUGUCAUAUCCAUCAGCUCUGGUGUCCUCUACAUGGCGCUUCCAUGCAUGAGCGCCUACUCAUCCUCCAAGGCGGCCAUCACCAAGUUCCACGAGGCACUCGCUAUUGAGCUGCAAGGCACUGGUGUCUAUUCCUUCACAAGCACCCCUGGUGUGGUCAAGACUGAACUCGGCGCCCCCACUGAUGCUAUCAACAAGAACGCAAUGGAGCACCCAGGCAUGAAGGCUUUCUUGGGCAUGAUGAACAACCCCAAUGCUUUCAAACCGCAGGACGCUGAUGUACUUGCCAACCUCACUGUCGCUAUGGUUGUCGAUGACUGCUUCAAGUCACUCAAUGGCAAGUUCAUCAAUGGCUCGAAGGACGCCACAGCGAUCAUGGAAGAAGCUAAGAAGGAGGGCGCAGGACGCAUCGGCAGCGAGGACAUGUACACAGUCAGGAUGCACCAGCUGUGA